CGACUGCUCAACUAUGGCGUCCCUUCUUCGUAGUCUACUCUGCAGUUCUGAGACGUCAAAGAGUACUAAAGAGGAAAACCGUGCGAAGUAUCAAUAUUUAAUUACGCGUCUACAAUCACUAAACAGCUAUGGUUAGCGUGGGAAAAGUCUUGGUUAUAGCAAGGAAAGACGUAAGAAGGAAAUGCAGGGGGCGCCACCAGCGUGAAGUUCCAGCAGCUGCAUGCCGUGAUGUCACAUAUUCUUGCAGCUUCUGCUCUGAUCUAAUUAUUUGUUAAUCGGUAAAGAAAGACUACAUUGCAUUUCUCAAUGAAGCAAUGACCAAGAAAGUUCUGAGAAACUCUCAUCGCCAGAGCGGUCCGCGUACGAGAAGACAGAUUGCAAUUCCUGACGUCACACUACACUGGAGAUUGGGCUGGGCGCGAAAUCUGAUAAAGGGGCAGUCUUACGUGAUUUUCUUCACUAGUCAGCUUUCCUGUCACGUUAAUGAAAAUUGGAUAUUGAAAUAGUGCUUUAACCACGUGAAUUUAUGUAGCUUUACUUUUUUAUAUACAGGUUUAAGAAAAUUCGAGUGCUUGCUAUGCCUGGCUUUUGAAAUGUAGACUGUAGUUGUGUACGUAGCAAGAGGAAACGGAUACUUGAGUGAGAAAAAAAAGAUCAUAUUAAGGGCAUUUAUCGUCACACGUGUUCUCGCUGCGUUUCUCUUUACGUGGAAAGCACAACGUCCGACACAUUGUGGAAGCUUGCACAACAGAUUUUUUUUUUUUUUUUAUUGCACACAUGUGCUAACCACUUAGUGCGCGUUAAUGGACGCAGCUGCGCGGGUCUUUAAUGGUUGGUCAAGUGAGAAAUGCUUUGUGUUUCCAAACACGCUGGCCGGGAGAGACGUUAGAGUAACGUGCUUUUGUUAGGCGGCUACACAAAAUUCAGUUCCACUUAACUCACGCGUCCAUAUCCUGCGAGCGUGCGUAGAACAACGCGUCGUGAAUCGAGAUAAGCAGUAAGAAUAGGUCGACUACUUUCCAAGUUGGUCUCUCCAGUGGACGCUGAACUUGUCUCACUGAAGCCCUUCCUGGGCAGCCGGAAGGGCCCCCUGAGAAGAAGAGAACGCGGACAGCGAGGGAGUAAGACAUGCCGGCCGCGUCGUGGAGCGACGAGCUCGUCGAGUGGGACGACGAGUUGACGCGCGAGACGGACCACAUCCAGCUGGGACUCGUCGAGCCCUGGCUCGACUCCGACCCGCUGCCUGACGGCGUCGAGGCGCCACACCCGUCACAGCUGCGCAUGGUGCAGGACGCGUUCAUCGCCAGGCGACACGAGCUGGCCGCGCACCGAUACGCCUUCGCCACGUUCGCCGGGUGCGACGCCUUCAGCUCUCGGCCGGAGUUCGCCGAGGCCGCCGCGCACGUCCUGGACGGCACUCCGGCCAUCUACGUGUACCACAACAGGAACACGCUGUCCGAGCUGCUGGAACUGUUCCCACACACACGGCGCAUCACCCUCAAGCACGACCUGAGCGACAGUGACGAGGGAUUCGUCUACGCCGCCAGGAACGAGCCGCACCACCUGGUUCACCUGGAAGGAAACUUCGCCGACCACGAGGACAGUGGGUUGGCCGUCUACGGUGACGCAGUGACCGACCUCCUGGUGGCGUGCCCAAACCUACGCUUGCUGGCGGCAGACAUCCUACCGGCUUUGGACGCCGCUCAAGAUAACAACGAGCUACGCGCAGUCAUCGGGAACCUGCUCGUCGUCGUGCUUGGUGGUUACGCCUACGGUCACGAUGGCGGCGUCGAAUCGUUUGCACCCGCCAGCGCCGAUCAGAUCAAGCGCGCCGCCGAAAUAUGUCCCGACCCAGGACUCGUGUACCUGGCGGUCGAUUCCCCGGACGCAGUCCAGGAACUGACCGAGUUCAACUCACCCUCCAAGCUGUGCGUUUCCUACGAGCCCGUCACGACGGCCUUCUGCCCGUUCUCGAGCGUCGUGCCGGCGCUCAAGAAGUUCGACCUCUCGGCGCUGACCCUCAAAAACUUCAAGGACGUCGACCUCAACAAGGUCGCCAAGACGGGCGAGAAGACCCUGCGCCUGCUGUCCCUGGACCACUGCCACGUCCUGGACGAAGAGGUCAAGUCGAGCGCCUUUCGAAACCUGGUCGCUCUCAGGAUCACGUGGGCGACGCCCGUGACCCUGCAGUGCCUGCUGUCCGAGUGUCCCGAGCUGGAGUACCUCAAGCUCGGUUCCACCGAGGUGUCCCGGAUGUUCCUCUCUCGAGUGUUCGCCAAGACGUCGCUGACGUCUCUCAGGAACCUGGAGCUGCGUCUGGACCACCCGCUGGAGCACCACGGACUCGACGAGGAAGACCUGAACGUGAUGGUGGAAUCGUUGCCGUCGCUAGGAUACGUGUCCACGAAUUCGGCUGAGGUACGAUUGUUCCUCAGGCGAAGCGCACCGCACGUUAGGAUAGGAACUCUCUUCUGCGCGCUGUGCGCGGCAGAGUUUUGCCGCAGGACAGGGAGGUGCAGUGUGUCAAGUAUCCUGUGAUAACGCAUCCUGUGUGAGGCACGACGAGAAAAAAUGCGUAGGUGUUGAAGUAACUGUCCUGUAGAAUCGCCACAUGAAGGAUUGACCGAACCCUUUGACCGCGCUGUUCCCGCUAUGUUGGCGCUGUGAUCAAGCUUUGCUGUGUUGCAGAGAGCCCCCACCCAUAACAUCUGUUUCGUUGGGAUAUGGCGUUAAUGUGAAGAGCUGCCUUGGUUCAAGGCGCUGCUUUAAUACGUGCUGCAUUGUAGGUCGAACGUGCUUCUUAUGGGUCACACUUUGUUCCACAUUUACUGCCUCCCAUGCGCGGCCUUGUCUAGGACGGUGCCAUAGAGCGCUGAGAGGGGGGACAGAAAAUAAACACCUUUAUUUAACAAUCA